AUGGCCCUGCGCACAUCUGCCGACAAUGCAGAGGACGUGGCUGCUGGCUUUCGUCUGUUUCGCGACCCUCUGCCGGAGCAUUCGACGGAGAUCACCAGUCUCAUUGCCGAUCUCUAUGCGAUUAGCACCUCGCUCAAGAAUCUCGAGGAUCUGACGCGCAAUCGAACCUAUCGGCGCAACCUGCACGCCAUCCAGCCCGACCUGGAGCUGGUCCGGACAAGCUUGAAGUACACGCUCGAAGAUGUUGUCGAAUUCUUCGGAGACCUGGAGGGGCGCAGAGGCUCCAGCCGGGAGAUGUACAGGCGGACAUGGCUCGUUCUUUGUGCUUUCUUCCGGGAGCAGUCGCAAGAUUCACUGUCCACCCGCCUAGCCAAGUAUAAGGCCUUUCUGUCCGACUUGGAGGCUCUGAUGAAGGGUAAUGCCCCCGACGAUCGUCUCAUGUCCUCUCUGCGCCGCAACCUCAACAGUUUGUUGGUUCAGCAGGAGUCUCAAGUUGCGUCACAGCUUGGCUCCUUGUCUCUGAGUUCGCCUUCCUCCAGCAGCAGUAGCAGCAGUAAUACCAGCACCGAACCUGGCAGCCCGGUCAGUGAUCGACGCCCCCGCACUCGGAGAUCGUAUGAGCGAGCUCGUCCGUCUCACCAUGGGCCUCAGUCGCCCACGUCGGCUUCAUCCGCCACAUUCUCCGACAUUCCCCCCUCGGCCCCUGAUGCCCCGGACUCGCCUUCUACCACGACUGCCACUAGUCACUCCACCAGCUCCAGUGUCGUCGGGGACCAUUGGGCCCGGCGAGUGUUCCUGGACGAACACACGAACACGCCUAUUCCCUAUAUAGGCGAAAGCUCCGAGUGUUUAGGGGAACCAAAGGCCAAUCCGAAAGCAUGGCUCGAAAGCGAAGGAUUCGACGAGUUGUUCCAACUUAGAGCCUUCAACGGCGAGACGGAUCUCAGAGUAUGCUUGUACCUGCGAGACGAAGACCAUCGCGCACGCAUUGUGUGCAAAGCCCGUCGCUCUGCCCGGUCCAAUGAGUAUUUCAUCUUACCGUUGAAUAUGCUCGAGAUCGUCCGUGUCGACUCCUGCUUACAAUUGUGCCGACGCCGGCGCGGGGGCAGCGAACUGGUCCUGUGGGCCAACCUCAAAUUCAGCACCAUUGAACAAAUGGUGAUCUUCUUCUGCACAUUCUUGGCGCUUCGAUCGCAAGAUUCCGGACGUCCCGUGGCCGUGGAGAGUAUCCGCGAUUACGAGCUGGCGCAGGAGGAAGAACUCUUCGGAGGACAAAUCGUGGAUGAUGACUUUCUCCAUGCGUUACGUGUAUACAGGGAUGAGGUAUCUGGCGCCGUGCGGCUCCAGGCAUCGGUCCACAAAGGGGAAUUGAAGCGAUCACCGGUCUGGACGGCCUUUAUCACAGAGCACAUCGUUAAUCCGGGCUGGAUUCGUCAUACCGAGCCCAAGGUAGUCGUGCUGAGGGGGAUUCGUCGGAGCAUCUUCACCUUCCCCGAUUAUACGCCACCUCAGACGGCUAAAGGAGAGCAUGUCCUCAGAUUUACGCAUCGUUCGGAUGCGCAGGGCUUUAUGGAAACUAUCGCUGAACUUGCACAUCACAUGGAUAGCGUCCAUCGAGCGAAUAGCAGUGGGAUGAUGAGCUUCCAAUCAAACAAAUUUUUGACGACUUAUGAUUGA